UCGGGGAGCAGCAGGCGGUGAGGCGGGAAGGCGGUUGAUGGAGGAACGCGAGAGCGGAGUGGGGCUGCAGCAAGCGGGGGAGUCGGCCCAGAGCCUGCAGCCGGAGGUCGAGGUGGAGAGGCCGGGCCUGCAGCAUAAACUGCUCCGGCUGCCGCUGAGCCGGAUCAAGGGGCUGAUGAAGGCUGAUCCCGAUGUGUCGCUGGCGAGCCAGGAGGCCGUGUUCGCCAUCGGGAAGGCCACGGAACUAUUUGUUGAAGUGAUUGCGAAGGAUGCAUAUUCAUUCGCUUUGCGGGGAAAACGCAAAACUAUCCAGCGAAAGGAUGUGGACAAUGCAGUUGAUGCUACAGAUGAAUUUGCAUUUUUGGAAGGGGAGAAGGCAUUGCUGCAACAAGGUGCAACAGACAAAAUUAUCUUGAGUUGAGUUACUAAUAUGAAGGCUCAAACUUGUUGAAUUCCACGAUCAUUCAAGACUGUUGUUCAUCUUUCAUAGAAGCAAUAAUUGUACUAAUACAAUGUACCGUUCUAUUCACUCAAUCACUUCUCUCACCUAUUCUUAAAAGUACUCUUAAUCAAACUGUUGGGACAUCUUUUUUUAUUCAUGAUGGAGUCGCUGGCUAGGCCAGCAUUUAUUACCUAUCACUAAUUGCCCAGAGAGCAGUUAAGAGUUAACCACAUUGAUGUGGGUCUGGAAUCACAUGUAGGCCAGAUCAAAUGAGGACAUUAGUGAUCAGAUGCGUCUUCGAGCUAACAGUCCAGCAAUAAUACCAAUAGGCCAUCAUCUCCCCUUAAUGAUGCACAGCUGACAUACAUGGGACUUGAACCCAGAUCUUUUGGCCCACUGAUGGGAGCAUUACCUCUGCUACAAGAUCUGCUUAACCUAUUCUUAACUAUUGACAUACUUUUUGCUUUAUUCAUAUUUUGGUAUUGCACUCCAUAGCUUCACAUUUGUUUUUAAUCCUAACUUACUUGUUUAUAAUCUUCUUUCGUUCCCCUGUAAAUAGUUCCUGUACAUUGUCACACCUCUUUAUGAUUUUAGUAUUUAUCACAUCACUCAUAAUUGUAUUGUACCUAAUUGUGACCUUAUGAUUAUAUUCACCAUGCCAUUUUGACUCUUAUUUUAAACAUCUUAAAACUCAGUAUUGUAUAAGCUUAUCUCUUUAUAGUCUUAUCCUGCUGCUUUUAAUGUCUUAUUUAUCUGAAUUCCAAAUCCCUCUUCAUUUCCACAUUGCCUGGCUUUCACUUCAAUUACUAAGUUAUUACAUUUCUCGCUCAAUUCUCCCUCUCAAACAACUCAAAAUAAUUAAUUGACUGUCAACUACUUUGAGACGUGCUCGGAUCACUAAUGCGAAAUGUUAAUGCUGUUUGCUUCUUAGAAUUAGCUUUACUGUCACGUACUCACAUGAGUACAGUGAAAAGUUUACAAGUCACUACUUACGAUACCAUGUUAGGUACAAGAGUACGUAGGCACAGAUUCUUAAGUAUAGAUUCUUAGGGAUACAUUAGAAAAAUUCAAAAUCAUAGGAAUAAAAUAAAUAAAUGAAUGUGUUUUUAAAUUAAGAAUUGCAGUCCUUCCACCCCAGUGUGCGACAGUACCUAGCCUCCAGACUACAAAAGGAAUAAAAAAUUACAUAAAUAGAGUUCAUCAUCUGAACAAGGGGUCUACAACACAAAUACACUGCUUUUGCAAGGUCCCAGCCAGAAGUCUUUGCUCCAGGCACCACGUCCACCGAGUCCAAGCUUCAGGCACCACCAUCACUGCAUCCAAAGACCCCCUGAGUCCCCACUGCAGGCCUACCACAGGUAGAAACCUUUUUUUGGGCACAGUCAUGACCAGUGACCCUCCGAGUCCAGGCACUAAGCCUACUGCAGUCAGGAAUCAUCACUCCGGGCACUGUAACCACCGCAGCCAAUCAACAUUUCUCCUGUUUCCCCAUGACAUCAGAAAAUAACCAAAAAUGUCAUUCCCCCUCCUAUCUUUCUAUCCUUCCUAUAGUAUCUAUAUCCUAUAUGCUACCAGUCCUGUGCAUCCCUGAGCCACGUUUCUAUAAUAGCUACGAUAUCCCAGUCCCAUGUUCCCAACCAUGCCCUAAAUUCAUCUG